CUCUCUGUUGUAGCUGGUGCUUCUUCUCUCCCUCUCUCUAUCUUCAUUACGCAACAAUUUACAAUGGGAUCCAACAGCAACAUCAAUUACAUCCUUUCAAUGAGGGUAGACAGAGUGCCCAACUCAGCGCAUCUCCAUCGGAACAUGAACUUCAAUUUUACUGUUACUGAGUGGAUGGAUGUGAGCAAUAUGAUGGGGAGCGAAGAAAUCCCUUCACGAAAUUUGAUUAGUGUCCGUGGCUUGGCCACUGCAGCCGCUUCCAACCGAGAACUACAAACCAUGGAUAUCGCAAAUUGCUUUGUCUGGGAGAAGUUGCAGGAGGCACAAGCACCAUGGCAGAUCAUUCCGAGCCUCUGUUCGGAAAUCGCCAAUCGUGUGUGUGUCGAGGCUCGCUGCUGUGGCUCCCAUGGGCUGGAACUGAAUGUGUUUGUGGAUUUUAGUAAUGAAGAGAUAGAACCAGUUGAAAGUGAUUUCCAUGAAGUAGAAAUUGAAAAUGAGGCCACCGAACAGGAGGGAGAUGUUAUCGGCCAAACAUAUGAUCCAGAAUUUCUUAGAGUGCUUGAGGCCUCAUCACAGGAGGAUUGUCCUUCAAGACCAGCAGCUAAGAUGGCAAUAGAGUCCUUAGCGACGGCGGUUCUCGGGGUAGAUGAAGAAGUUCUUUGCAUUAUCUGCCUGUCGAAUAUCAAUAGUUGUUAUGGUGAUGCGACGGUGCUGCCCUGCUCUCACAUAUACCAUAAGAAUUGCAUAUUCACGUGGUUCGAGCUGAGAAAUUCUUGUCCGGUAUGCCGAUACCAAUUCCCUUGUGAGUGACCCAGAAAA